AUGGCGCUCUGCAAACAUCUUGGUAUGGACAUUGCUGCAGGAGAAGAAGUUUUCGUUGAAUGUGUGAAAACCAAACACCCUUAGCUCCACCUGGAAAGCAAGAUUUACCAGAUGAUGCAGUGGGGCAUGGGGAUCCCCACCAUCAGGGUGUGAGGCAAAGGGUAAUGCAAUGUCAUAGUGAUGGAGUUGUUGAGACCAAGCCUGAAGGACCCCUUCAACUUCUGCUUGAGGAAGUUUAGUCUCAAAACUGUCCUCCUCACCAACCAAAUGAUCAGUUGUAUUGAGUACAUUCAUUCAGAAAACUUCAUCCACCAAGACAUGAAGCCAGAUGACUUUCUUGUGUGGCUAGGUAAGAAGGGUAACUUGGUCUACAUCAUAAACUUUGGGCUCAAGAAGUACCAGGAUGCCAGGACCCACUAGCACAUCCCUUAACGUGAGAACAAAAACCUCACCAGGACCACACAAUACACCUCCAUCAAUACCAACCUUGGAAUCAAACAAUCUUUACACGAUGAUUUGGAGUUCCUCAGCGGUGUAUUAAUGUACUUCAGCCUGGGCUCUCUCCCCUGGCAGGGGCUGAAGGCAGUGACCAAGAAACAGAAAUACAAAAGGAUUGGAAAAAAACUCACUCUCACAGAUGGAGUGCGGUCUUCAGCCCGCCUGAGGAGCCGAGGGUCCCCAGCAGCUGGGUUGGCCUCUGCACAGGAAGUGGAUGUCCCCAAAUCAGCCAAGGUUUUAUGUCUGACUUCCUCAUCACACAAAGCCACUGACAGGCGUAUUUCCAAGAAGUUCAAGUACAAUAAAGAUAAUCUUGUGAAAUCAGAGUUGCAGAAGUUCAUCACUAAGAGUGCUUCCUUGCCAAAAAUUGCACCCAAGACCCCUUGUGCAAACAAAUCUCUGGAGCUGGACGGACACCAUGCGGUGCCCCCAGACAAUGAAGCCGGUGUUUCUGCACAUCAAGAGGGUGAAGGCCCCCCUCUCGGCCACUGUGGCAUCCUGAGGGACGACUGUCCCACGCAGACUGACGAUGGCCUGUCCCCACCAAAGCACACCACUGCUUCUGAAGCAGAAGGAUCUAACAGUAGCUCCACAGCCUGGGAUGAGUCAGUGCUAGAAGCCAAGGAGGCACAGAAGCCACCACUUCAGAUGGACAACAGUGUCUUCCUUGAUGACGACAGCAACCAGCCAAUGCCCGUGAGCCGGUUCUUCGGGAACGUUGAGCUCAUGCAGGACCUUCCACCGGCAUCUUCAGCUUGUCCUUCCAUGAGCAGACGAGAAUUCAGAAAAAUGCAUUUCAGAGCCAAAGAUGAUGACGAUGAUGACGACGAUGAUGCAGAAAUGUAG